AUGACACCAAAACUUUAUCUCGGGCUUGUAUCCUUUUCCUUCUCCUCAUUGGCGAUUUUUCUAAACUUCCUAAUUGCUCCUCCUAUUAUACACUUAGCGUUUGUAGAACGGAAGAACACUUUCUAUGUGAUUGCAUUUUUCAACCUGCUCUCCGAUCUUCUUCAGCUUUUUGCGAUGUUUUAUCUAUCGAUUUCGAUGUUAGCCGAUCACUAUCUUUUAAUUUAUGAGCGUAUGGGUUGGGCCAACUUAUUGGUCGGAGGCUGUUUCAUUGGCGCUUGGUACAUGGAAGGCUUUUUGCAGAUCGUGAUGUCGGCUAAUCGAUUCACAAUAAUAACUCUCAACAAACAUCAUGUAUUCACACACAAAUUCACUUUUACCUUAUUCUUCUUCCUGGUGUCAGCCGCCGUGUUUUCCGUUAUUUCCAAUCAAUUUCUAUUCCCCUGCUGCCAAUUCAUCGUAGAUCAAGAAAUGAUGGUUGUUCUGUAUGUGGAUGUAGACGAUAUGUAUUCAUAUUCCAAUCUAAUGAAUAAGGUCUACAGCAUCAGUGCUGCUUCGAUGGCUUCAUUCUUCUACUUUCUAGUGCUUAAUACAAUUCGAAAAACCACGAAGAUUGUGUCCAGCAGUAUUAGUAAGCAGAAUCAGAAACGAGAUAUAAAGUACUUGCUCCAAUUUGUAUUCAUCCUGAUUUUCUACAUCCUGGCUUUCGUAUUCUAUGAGACAAUGGCUAUUGUUGUACCUCCCGGUCAUGAGGAGUGGUAUUUUGUUCUCACGCUCAUGGUUAUAUUGAAUUGCUCAUCCAAUCCUAUUGUAUACCUCUCGUUAAACAACGAUAUCCGGAGAGAGUUGAAAAACACACGGUGCUGCGCAAUAUUCCAGAAAAGCCAAAGCACAAGCCUAAUCUUUGUUUUACCUGCUGGUCAUGCAAAUACCGUUUGA